AUGCCGCCAGAUCGAGGGCGCGCCUCUCGAGCGUGUGCCUCAUGCAGAAAGCAGAAGACUCGUUGCUACGAACCUGGUGUUCCAGGCAAAGCCUGCCUCAGAUGUGAACGUCUUCGUCAGAACUGCUCGCUGAUCGACAUAGAGGGCAAUGAGACUGAUCCGAUACCCCCGUCUUCCGGUACCGAUGCGCGUCCAGGCAGUGAAGUCUACCAGCAAACCAAAACUAACACGAUGAUCAGACUUGAACGCCUGGAAAGAACAGUUGCCACUCUCCUGGACAGACUGGGCGAAGGUCCUCCCAGCAUAGGGGAUGACUCAAACACGCCUGCCAGCGCACUGACAAGCUCGGAAGCGGGUGACCCAACCCCAGCGGCCUUCAAGGAGACGGAAUCUUCCGCGGCUCCGAUCAUGGUCAUACGCGAUCUGGCCACCGACUCAGGUCUGAAGCCGUCGCCUGACACAAAAUCCCUGGGAUCGGUGCUAGACGACCUUAUCACUCCCGAUCUGGCCCUCACCCUGAUUUCAAUCUUUCUCGAACACUAUGGCGACUGGAUUAUGUGGGACCCAGAGUCCGACCCGGUGCCACUUCUACCCCGUGUGAGGAAUGCGCCACUGCUUUUUUGCGCUUGCUGUCUCCUAGCCGUCCGGUAUACCUCGGAAGAACUCGCCGCCAGUCUCGCUCCGAAAUUAUACGAAUGUGCUCGCUCGCUGGUCUCGAGCACCCUUCUAGUGGCGCCCCAAUCCCUGGAAUUCUUUCAAGCCGCUCUAAUUCUCUGCAUGUGGUCGACCACCGUGGGACAGGUGCCCUUGAGUAUCGAUACCUGGCUCCUUAGCGGAUUUGCCCUACAGCAUUCUCAAUCCAAUCCGCUUUUUGCGGAGAUUACGGCUCAAUCACCACCGUCUGCUCGGUUGGACAAAAGGACGGCCAGCCUUGGAUGCCUGUGGAAUCAUCUGUGCUUGGCGCACUUGCAUUAUUGUAUAGGUACAAGUCGUCGAUCGAUGCUGCAGUCCUGGCACAUCGAACGGACCCGCUUGAUUCUGGACUCUGAUCACGCGACAAAUUUUGAAACUCGCAUGGUCGCGGAAAUUCAUCUUUAUUGGACUUUAUACCGGCAUCUUAUUGAAGCCCCGACCGACCUUUUGAAAUCAGUUGCGGAUUUACAAACUUGGAGAAGGGAGUGGGAAUUUCUCCUCGUACAACCAAGAUCACAAUUCCUUUCAAUGGGCUUCCACUUCUCAAACCUAAUCCUCUACGAACACGCCCUGAAAUCCAAAUCCGCCCGGGGCCGAGACUCGGUCGUUUCGGAGAUGAUUCGCCACUCAACCGCUAUCCUCCACCUGCCCAUGGACGCCGUGGAUCAACAUACCCGCCACUUGAGCGACCAUAUCUACCACAUGAUCACAUUCGCGGCAAUAGUGAUCUGCCGCUUACUCAAUAACUACGAAACACAACUGGCGGCUACAUAUAAUAUCGCCGAACUGGACACUUUGAUCUGCAAUCUUGUCCAAUGGCUGCAUGGCAUCGGCCUCCCUUGUCAUGCGGCGUAUACACUAGCCAAUAUCAUUGCGAAGGUACAUCAGAAACUUCGACCACGAGUUAUGGAGGCGUUACCUAUUGCUGUUCCUGUGGAUGAUUUUCCGGAGGACAGUUUUACGAAUUAUUAUUUCCCGGAGUUUUUGGGCCUGGGGGCUUCGGCCGGGGUAAUUGGGAUUUAUUGUCUGAUUUGA